UUCUUUUCCCUCCUCCUUUUCUGGCACUUUUUGUGAAGACCAAAACUUCAGUGUUAUUCAUUUUCCUGUGCGGUAUCCACACUAAUCAUGCCUUACUUUUAUUUAUAAGACUUUGUAUCAGUGGCGGAUACAGAGGGAGGGAAUCAGGGCAAUUAUCUCCCAGUAACAUUACCUUCCUAUCUACUACUGUUGGACCGGCUCUAGCAGCAAAACGGGAACAUGUUCCUUUUCUCAAGUGUGGAAGUGACCCUUUCAUUAGUGACAUUUAUUAUUGUCCUGUUAUUAAUGAUGACAAUCUUUAGAAAAGGCAAAUGUAUUCCUGGACCAUGGGGUGUGCCUAUCCUGGGAAAUAUACUGCAGAUGAAAGAUUUACCCCACGUGUUCUUUCAUAAAAUGAGCAAGAAGUAUGGAGAUGUGUUUCUCAUAAAGCUAGGAAUGGUGCCAGUUGUGGUGGUGAGUGGCUUGGAGACUAUUAAAAUGGUUUUAUUGAAGGAAGGAGAGAUAUUUGCUGAUCGUCCAAAGCUCUACAGUUUCACCUUGAUAACUGAUGGAACAAGUCUGACUUUUUCAGGAAAGUUUGGAGAUGCCUGGAAACAACAUAAGAAAAUAGCAAGAACAUCACUGAGGGAAUUUUCAAGAUCAACAAGAUCUUUAUCAGCAUAUUCAAGCCGCUUUGAAGAGUUUGUGACAGCAGAAGCUCAAGCUCUUGUGGAAACUCUGCUAGUAAAUUCUGAAAAGGGCUACUUUGAUCCAGCACAAAAUGUCACAUAUGCUAUAACUAAUGUUGUUUCUGCAAUUUGUUAUGGAAAGCGUUAUGACCAUGACGAUAAAGAGUUCCUUGAAAUUAUACGACUCGUCGACGAGGCGCAAGAAGCAUCAGGAGCUGCAGCCCCUGCUGACUUUAUUCCAAUUCUACGUUUCUUUCCUCUACCUGGAUUGAAAGCUCUAUUAAAAGCAGUUGACUGUUUUAACAACUUUACUAAAAAACGUGUAAAAGAACAUUAUGAGUCAUAUGAUAAGAACCAUAUGCGAGAUAUUACUGAUGCCUUAAUUUACUGCUGUAAUGAAAGGAAAUUAGAAGAUAAAUUACCAGCUUUAUCAGAUGCACAGAUUUUAUCUACGGUAAAUGAUAUUUUUGGAGCAGGUUUUGAUACAGUAUCUUCUGCUUUACGAUGGUCAUUACUAUAUGUGCUGAAAUUUCCAGGAAUUCAAGAAAAAAUACAUAAAGAAAUUGACAGUAAAAUUGGACCUGGCAGGAUUCCAAGAUUUGAAGACAGAAGAGAAUUGCAUUUUACAGAAGCAUUUAUACAUGAGGUCCUCAGGCAUUCUUCAUUUGCACCAUUAACUCUGCCACACUGCACAACCAGGGACACUUUUUUAAAUGGCUAUUUCAUACCCAAGAAUACCUGCAUUUUUGUGCUCCUAUACCAAGUACAUCAUGAUCCAGCACUAUGGGUGGAACCAAGCUGCUUUAAACCAGAGCGGUUUCUGGAUAAGGAGGGAAAAUUUGACAAACAGCUCGCCCAAAAUGUCAUACCUUUUGGAUUGGGAGUCCGCAAAUGUUUGGGAGAAGAAGUUGCCAGAAAUGAACUGUUUCUGAUGCUGACACUUAUUUUGCAAAGACUUAGACUGGAAAAGAAUCCAGCAGAUGAAUUAUCAUUGACACCAGUUAAUGGAAUGAAUCUCAAGCCUCAGAAAUAUGUGAUGAAAGCACUAACACGUAAUUAACUUUGUUCUGUUCUCUUCCCAAAUACUGUCUUCAGAUUCUAAACUAACCUGGUUUUGCCUUGUAAAUGAUUGGCGCUUUAAAAAUACAGCCAUUCUCAGACGAAAUCAUGGACCUCCGGCAACUCUGACCCUAUUACGGGGGUUAUUCAGAGUUGUUUGCAAACCCCACAAAAAAGCAAUUGGGCAAAACCAUGUUGCACUGCAGGUGGGGAAGAUGUAACUUGCAGAGAGAGUUAGAUUUGGGUGGGUUAUAUUGUUUCUGUGCAGGGUAAAUACUGGCUGCUUUAUUUUUACACUGCAAUUUAGAUUUCAGUUUGAACACACCCCACCAAAUCUAACUCUCUCUGCACAUGUUAUAUCUGCCCCCCCUGUAGUGCACGUGGAUUUGCCCAAUUGCUAACUUUUUUUGAUUUGCUAACUACUCUAAAUAACCCCCCCCCCCCCCCUAUUUACUCCACGGUAUCUCUUUAAACUGACAUCUAUUAUAAAUAUUUCUGCUGUCUUUUUCCGAAAAUUUAAAUGUUCGAUUUAAGAAAUUUUCUGCAUCUGAAAAUGAAAACUAAAAACAUAAUUAUAUUUCUUUUUGCUUUGAAAAAGAAAACAUAUCGUUCAUUGCAUUUUAUUAAUUUCUAAGUAUAUGGAUGUAUCAA